CUCGAGGUGCAAUUCUAGGUAAUAUGCCUCGAGACUAUAAUAAUAAUAGACCCAGAGCGUUCUGAUUCACUCCGUCAAGCGAUUACUUUUUGCUUGCCAACUAGAGUAUGUAUUGCCUUCACUGUGAUUGGCCAGAGUAGAUCAUUCACGUGAUCUUCAUUACGUCAAGUUCCCUUAAGAUGGGGCGAAUUCCCUUUCGGGUCGCUUUUGUAAUCAAAAAAGCCAAAUGACGAACAACUCCGAGGAGUAAUUUAGAAAGUAACCAUCUAUUCUACAAUAUCGACCCCAGACAAAUUAUCGAAGCUCAGAGUUGAUACGAGUCGGAAACCUAUACAUAUCAUGUCAAUGCAGACAACGUCGAGACACGUCCUUAGACGGACGCUUUUCAGUUGCUCCAGACCGGUUGUCAGGGCCGCGGCCGAACCCGCGCCUUGGGAUAUUGCUACGCCGACAGUUGCGUUGAGGGCAUCGAGGGGAGUACACUAUGCGACCCGCCUGCCGACUUUCACAGCAUCAGAGACCCGGCGGAGACCGAACCUGCGGCGGCAUCAUCAGCCGGUUGCGCCGUCGCCCGUGAGAACCAUAUUCAUUCAGACUGAGACGACGCCGAACCCUGAUGCCCUCAAAUUCCUCCCUAAUCACCCGGUCCUGCCAGAGAACUUCCCUACGCCAUUCCUCGAGUACCUUUCUCCGCGAUCGACUGUUGCUCCUCCCCACCCGUCGCCUCUAGCGGCAAAACUCCUCAAUGUGGACGGUGUCUCGUCCGUCUUCUACGGUCCCGACUUCAUCACCGUCACGAAGCAGAGCGAUGCCAACUGGGCGCACAUCAAGCCGGAGGUGUUCAGCCUCAUCACCGAAGCAGUAACGUCCGGCGAGAGCAUCGUGAACACGACAGAGAAGACCGCCGAACACGCCCAGGAGGGAGGAGGUGAAGACUCGCUGGCCUACAAUGAGGACGACGACGAAGUAGUCGGCAUGAUCAAGGAGCUCCUUGAGACCAGAAUCCGACCGGCCAUCCAGGAAGACGGAGGAGAUAUCGAGUUCCGCGGUUUCCACGACGGACUCGUUCUGCUGAAGUUGCGGGGUGCUUGUCGAACUUGCGACUCCAGCACCGUCACCUUGAAGAACGGCAUUGAAUCGAUGCUGAUGCACUACAUCGAAGAGGUCAAAGGAGUGGAGCAGGUCCUGGACCCUGAAGAAGAGAUCUCUAUGCACGAGUUCGCCAAGUUCGAAGAGAAGCUCCGACAGCAGAAGGGCGAACAGGCGACCGCUGGAACAAUCGGAAAGGGAAGCUUGGAUACCGUAGAGGCAUAGAAGACAUGUUGUCCCAUAACUGUCUCCGUAUAUGAUCACAUGAAGGCCUAGCUAGGGCUGAAUCGCCUGGUGCAGUCUUAGUUGUUCAGCCGUUUUCCACGUGGGAUACCAGAUUGAUCUCUUUAUCCAUUCUUGUAUAACAUGCAGAACUUUCUUUUCCGUUGAAUUCCCAAUGUGCAAUACCUAGAAGACGCCUUGCAUGCACAGUUCUCGUCCUUUUCAUUCAUUGUCUGAACCUAUUAUAAGAUUAAUGACUAGAAAUUAGACCAAUAUAAACGAUCAAAAAUGCAAUAAACCGGCAAUUACUCCCUCGCCUAUCAACCACAAGUCUCGUAUACACAAACCUUCAAGUCUUGGGGACCAGAUGACACUAAAAACACACAUGGUCACGAGAUGAGGGGUUUAGGUUAGUUCGCUUAC